AUGUCGAGCGUGGCCGACACGCGGGAGGUGGAGGAGUUUUUCUUCCUGCAGCUAAACACGCACAUCGUCGGGGUGCAGCACCACAAGGGCGAGAUCGGGGACGGGGAGUGCGCCGAGCUGGUGCGGAAGGGCGCCUCGGGGCUGCAGGUAGUGAACAGCGGCGGCGAGGUCCUGGGGUGGAUCAGUAAGGAUAUCGCUCCCACGGUGUGCCCCGCCUUCGACAGGUGCCCAGAGAUCCACCCAGAGGUGCUCAUCCCGCGGGGUUCGAAGCAGAAGUUCAAGGUGCCCGUCAACAUCGCCUUCUGUGGUCCGCGCGAGUUCCGGGAGCCGCUCGCCGAACUGGCCGCAGAGCUGAAGCAGGUGAAAACAUCGAGGGCGGGGUCGUCGGUGGUGCACAUCCCCGAUGGCAUCCUCGUGGAGGAGCUGGACGCCCCUCGCUGGAAGGAGGAAUCCGGGGGUCUCCCACCCAGCAAGUCCGCCGUUCUGGUGGGAUCCAAGCGUGGCAAAGGCAAACAGCAGGACAUCUCGAAGUGCUUUGAAGACCUCUACGCUGGCGCCGUCAAGUACGAGGAGGCGCCGCUGGCGCCGCAGCCUCAGGGCGUGUCUACUCGCCUGCUGGAGCACCAGCUGAAGGCCCUGCACUGGGCCGUUGCGCGCGAGCGCCGCCAGAGCGUGAGCGACGUGGCAAGAGCCUCCGCCAGCGGCACGGCGCUGUUCUGGAAGCCUGCUCCAGGCCGCGGUGGCUUCCACAACACCAUCACCAACGCCUGCGUCAACCGGGCCCCCGAGCUCCCUCGCGGGGGCCUGCUCUGCGACGAUAUGGGCCUCGGGAAGACCAUCACGAUGCUGGCCUGCGUGGCAGCAGGUGCGCCCAGCCGGCCGACCCUAGUCGUCUGCCCGCUCUCCAUCAUGGCGGGUUGGGCCGCGCAGGCGGCGCAGCAUUGCCCGAGCUUGCGAGUGGCGACGUUCCAUGGCCAGGAGAAGCACAAGGUCUCUCUGAGCGGGCACGACCUGAUCCUCACCACCUUCCAGACUCUGGUGGCCGACGUCGAGAAGGGGCACGGCAGCCUGCUGCAGCAGAGCUGGCACCGGUUGAUCGUCGACGAGGCUCACGAGCUUCGUAACUUCGCGUCGUGCCAGACCAAAGCAGUGUUGAAGGUGGCGGAGAGAUGCGAUGUGGUUUGGGGUCUGACUGGCACCCCAAUUCAGAACCGGAUCGAGGACGCAUUCUCCCUCGUGGCGCUGCUCAAGAUCAACCCGUUUUGCGAGAAGAAGUGGUUCAACCGCUGCAUCAUGCGGCUUGUGAAGCAGGGGAACCCCCUCGGCUUCGCGCGCCUGAGCAUGCUGCUAUCCGCCUUCGUGCUGCGCCGCCGCAAGGACCAGAUGGUGCCAGCUGGGCCAGGCCGGAUGAGGCCCGUGCUGGAGCUGCCGCCGAAGACGGAGCGCGUCCGGCUGGUGGAGCUGCCGGGCGGCGACCGGCGCGCCUACGACAGCCUCUGGGGCUUCGCCGCCAGGCAGGUCGGAGGCAUGAGCCGGGACGAGGUGGGCCACCGCUCGGCGGAGGUGCUGGUACUGCUGCUGCGGCUGCGGCAGCUGUGCUGCUCGCCAACGCUGCUUCCCGCGGGGCUGCUCGCAGAGCUGCAGAAGGAAACGCCCGACCUGUCGGGCUUCUUCGCGGCGGCCAAGGGCGGCCCCGGCGUCGCCGACCUCCAGGCGCUGCUCCGGGAGCUGGCCUCCCAGGCGGACCACCACUGCGCCAUCUGCCUGUCGCACGUGUCGGAGGGGGAUCCCGUGAUCACCAGAUGCGGCCACGCCUUCCACGGCGAGUGCAUCCGCGCGUGGCUCCCCCGGCACAACAACUGCCCGCUGUGCAAGCGGGCGCCAGUCGAGGUGGUGCCCUGGGCGGAGGAGCCGGCGGCGCCCGCGGCGCCGGGGGUGCUCGCCAAGGUUGACGCGGUGCUGGAAGAGAUCGCGUGCUGCGAGGGGGACUCCGUGGUGGUCUUUUCGCAGUUCAGGCAGAUGCUCCUCCUGCUCGAGGAGCGGCUGAAGACCGCCGGCGUCGGCAGCGUGCUCAUCGACGGGGCCGCCGGCCCCGCCGAGCGCCAGGCCCGCGUCGCGGCCUUCCAGGCAGGGCAGGCCAGGGUCGCGCUCUGCAGCCUCAAGGCGGCGGGCGCAGGGCUGAACCUCACGAAGGGGAACAAGGUGAUCUUCUCGGAUCCUUGGUGGUCCCCGGCCGUGGAGGCGCAAGCGGCGGACAGGUGCCACCGGAUCGGGCAGCACCGGCCAGUCGACGUGGUCAGGCUGGUGGUCCGGGGGUCGAUCGAGGAGAAGAUACGACUCCUGCAGGAGCAGAAGCUCGGGAUCAUGGAGGGCAUCUACAAGUCGAAGGAGGAGCUCCGGUCCGAGCGCGUCGACAUGGUGAUGCAGAUCUUCAGGGGGCCUUGGCAGCGGCCCUCGGGCGACGCCGCCUCGGAGCGGCCGCCGAAGAGGCGGCGGGGUGCCGCGGCGGCGCCCGAGGCCCGCUGA